GUCAACUUUACAGGUGUGGCAACGCUUGAGGCUAUAGGGCAGCCAUUUUUUUCACGCUUUGUAAAAAGUUUUUAAAAAGUCGUGAAAAUUGCAUAAAAUUCAACGAAAAAGCAUUUGGGCAGUUAUAAACGAUUGUGUGGACCAACCAAAGUAUGCUAAACUAAAGUUCGUGUGUGCGUGACGUGAGUGAACCGAACAAUUGAACAUGGAAACAGUGGUUGCCUUCAACAAUGAGCUCUCCGGACUCUAUGACAGCCGGCCGCCCAUUUCCAAGGCCAAGAUGGCCGCAAUCACCAAGUCGGCGAUGCGUGCCAUUAAGCUGUACAAGCACGUCGUACAGAGCGUGGAGAAGUUCAUUUUAAAGUGCAAGCCGGAGUACAAGGUGCCUGGACUGUAUGUGAUCGAUUCGAUAGUGCGCCAGUCUCGGCACCAGUACGGUAUGGACAAGGACCUGUUCGCGCCCCGCUUUCAGCGCAACCUCACCGAGACCUUUGCCAACUUGUUUCGAUGUGCACCCGAGGAUAAGAGCCGCAUCAUCAGAGUGCUCAACUUGUGGCAGAAGAACAACGUCUUCAAGUCGGAGGUCAUCCAGCCGAUUUUCGACCUGGCAGACCCGAACCACCCUAUCUACCAUCAGAUGCCACCGGUGAGUGGUAGCGGAGGUCAGGGCAGCGGUGUGGGUCCCGGACCGAGUAGCAGUGGAGCCCUCAGUUUGGCAGACAUAUCAAGCGGUCCAAACGGACUCAACAGCUCUGGAAUGGAACUGAGCAUGAACAGCUCGGGGGGCGAGGAUAAAAUGGGUGUCAUGCCUGAUUUGUCGCUGGGCCAUGAGAAGUUUGGCGGCAGCAGUAGCAGUUCCAAGCGUCACUAUUCGGAGCAGCACUACUCAAAGCGACAGUCGGUGGCCUCCUGCUCGUCAAAGUCCAGCAAGUCCCAUCAUCACAAGCGGGAGUACAUUAAAACCUCGCACGAAAUCGAUUACCAGGUGCGGGAGAUAAUCGAAGAAGAGGAUGACGGCCUGCAGGUGCUGAUGGCCGAUGACCACCACUGCAUGGGUGACGAUUCACCGCCCACCUCAUCCAAGCUAUUAGACAACAACAAUCUCAAGCAGCUGCUGAAUGAUCCCAAUGUGCUGCGUCAACUGCAGACGCUACAAAACUUCCAAAAGUUCAAGCAGCAGGAAGAGAACCAAAAGCACCGCUAUGCAGAUGAAGCACUACAGCAACAUUUUCAGAACGUUAUGAAGGGAAAUUCUGGGAUGCAGCCGGGCAUGGGAAUCGGCAUGGGCAUGAACAUGAAUUUGAACGACAGCAUGGACCUCAACAAGGAUGUCGAGUUCAUAUCGGAGCAACAGACUAUUGAGGUAAUCAACCUGGACGGUGCCGAUUCCCGCAGUCCGACACCCGACCGUGAUCGCUACAAGCGCAGUCGCAGGAGUAGUCGGAGCCGCUCAAGGUCUCCGCGUGGACGAGGAACUGGAGGAGCCGGAGGAGGCGGCCCUGGGAACGACCGACGACGACGUGGCUCCCGUUCUCGAUCGCGCAGUCGAUCCCCACGUUCCAGCCGCCGCCGAGGAUCGAGGGACCGAGACCGCAUGGAUCGGAGCAACCGAGACAAGGAGCGUGAUCGCGAGCAUGAACGUGAGCGUCGCAAGAAGGGAUUGCCCGACAUCAAGAAGGAGCACCUCAGUGUGUGCAGCACCACGUUGUGGGUGGGCCACCUGUCCAAGCUGGUUUACCAGGAGGAACUGUCUGACACCUUUGGCGAGUACGGUGACAUUGUGAGCAUCGAUCAGAUUGUGCCUCGUGGAUGCGCCUUUAUUGUAAUGAAUAGGCGCCAGGACGCUUACAAGGCCAUGCAAGCGCUGAAGAACCACAAACUGCAGGGGCGCGCUAUCACCAUCUCAUGGGCUGCCGGCAAAGGUGUUAAAAGCAAGGAGUGGAAAGACUUUUGGGACCUCGAGUUGGGCGUUACGUACAUUCCUUGGUCCAAAUUGAGCCAGGAUACGGAUUUUGAUGCCCUAGAGGAGGGCGGCAUGUUUGACGAGGACACCAUGCCCAACCAAAUGAAACAGAAGAUCAACCAAGCAAAGACUGCCGGCAAGGAGAAAAAGGUUUCUCCCAUUGCAGAGGUAGUUGGUGCGGCGAGUGUUGGCGUUCCGCCACCAGGUAUGAUCUUUGGCAUUGACACGACCCAGCCGCCGCCAAUUGGGCCAGUCGGUCCUGUGGGUCCUCCUCCUGGCCCGGGAGCACCACCUCCGGGACUAAUGGGUAUGGUAAGGGGACAAUUCCCGAUGGCCCCUCCCAUGGGCAUAAAUAUGCCGCCGCCCAUGAUGAUGCCCCCAACUAAUAUGCCGCCACCUAUGAUGAUGCCAACGACCAAUAUGCCUCCACCGAUGAUGAUGCCACCGGCCAUGAUGCCGCCAGGGUUUCCAGGCAUUGGAGGACCCCCGCAUCCCAUGGGCUUGCCCCCAGGAACUCCGUUCCCACCACCAGGAGCCGUACCUCCGCCAAUGCCCAACGUAGGGCAACCGUCCGCCAAUAGCGGCAACGUGAGCGACGAUCAAAUGGACAUUGAGAUGGAUCUGGAGGACGCCCCACCUCCGCCACCGCAACAACAAGCUAACUUUAACCCUUCGCCCAACAAUGUCGAGCUGUCUCCAGUGUCCUUGCCUAAUGAGAUGUUCCAGCAGCGGGAAAGAGAGCGUGAUCGAGAUAGGGAUCGCUCGCGGGGCCCGGGAAAUUCGCGCUGGGGCGGACGUGAUGAUGUCGUCGAGGCGGCUGAGCGUUGGCGAGCCGAAAAUGGUGGUGGGGGAGGUGGUCCAGGCCCUGGACCUGGUCCUGGACCGAACGCAGCUUUCAAUGAGGCAAGAGCCCGUCUUAACCUAAAUCCUAUUGAUCACGGCAUGCCAAGACCAGACUUUAUGGAUUUUGACAAUCGCGGUGGACAGGGUGGUCCUCGAGGAAUGGGGCCGCGUGGGAACCACAACGGCGGCCCAGGUGGUGACUUCUUCCCGCCCAACAUGAAUCACAAUAGAUUCAAUCAGCCCACCAGCCUAAUGCAGAUGCGUAUCCCGCCACCGACCUUUAACCAGCGUAUGGGCGGGCCAGCUGGUAACGGUGGCAAUGGCGUUGGGCCAAUGUUCAUGCGGAACCAAGGAGGCGGAGCUGGUGGUCCUGGAGGUGGACCGGGAGGUCGACAGCAGGGACCAGGUUUCUUUAAUCCUCGGAAUCCAUUUAAUGAUAACCAACGCGGUCGAGGAGGACAAGGAGGAGGCGGUGGCCGUGGCAUGGGUGCAGGCGGACCUAGCGGACGAAACCGUUGGAGCGACGAUGAAGAUGAGGCUGGGAACAAUUUCAAACGGCGUGGCGGUCCUGGAGGGCCUGGCGGUAAUCGGUUCCGUGGUGAUCGCGGAGGCGAAAUGAUGGACGAUCGUCGCGGUAACAAUCCACGUGGAGGCCGCGGAGGUCCGCGAGAGGAUCGAGAACGUCCAGGCUUCGGAAACAGACGCGGCUCGCGAGAUGACAGCAACCGCCAUUCAAUAAGCUCCACGGACGAGGGCAACAAGCCCGCUUCAGAGGCUGACCUCAAGCCUAAGCAUGACGUAACCACAAUAAUUAACUCCAACACUGGAUCGGCCCCUGCAACCACCAAGGUAGACACUGAGGAAGACUGGGAUCAGGAGCUUCAGGACUACGAGGCGAGAAUGGAGGCUCAAAAGCCAGGGGAAGAUCCUUCUCAAUUCGGCAACAGUCCUCCGCAGGACAAGAUGCCGGAGGAGACUCAGAACUUUGCCAAACCAGCUGACGUGGCGAGCGAUUCUUCGUUUCCAAAAUCACAAACAGAAGCGUCAGCCGCCUGCACGCCCCUCUAUGACGAGCUGCCACCGCCAGGGAACUCCCAGGUCCAACCACAGAUCUCGAGGGAAGCGGAAGGCUCUCCACCCGCCCAGGAGCUCCAAGUCAUUCAUACAGAGGCUGCCCCCAAAGAGGAAUCGGUUCCAGCGCAGGCUACUGAACCUCAAACGGAAGCUCCAUUUGCGGAGGAACCCGAAACACAAGCUGCUUCCGCCGAUGUCGAAGCCGAUGCAUAGGCGAUAGACAGAUCAACUAAAAAAGAGACGCGUCUUUGAGAAAAAACAACAGAAAUUGUAACUUAUGAUUUUCCUUACAAAGUAACUUAAGUGAAACUCCAUACAUCCGAUAUUUUUCAUAUUUUUUAACAAGAGAUUACGCAGCAUUUGUUGACGAGAAAGAGUCGUUCGCUUUUAAAAUCAGAUUCAGUUUAUUUCGCGUAAUUUUACUUGUCGUACAAUAGGGACACUACUACUGAGGACUAUGUGGAUAAACAGAUAUAGCAAAUAAUUAGCAAAAGAAACGGAUUGUAUGGACAGGAAAUUGACAGGGGAGCUUGUGUGGAAUUAAAAGCCCAAUCAUAAACAAAUCAGCAAUUGCAAAACUUGAAAUGUUUAUUAUUUUGUUAUGUAUUUAGUUUUAAGAGUAUAUUUAACACUCAGAUUGUUUCUAAUGCGCAGAUUCUAAGUACACGCAUAAUUAUGUACAAUUCAAAUAUACCUAUAUUAUCGGAUACUAUAAAAUAAAAAGUGAAAACAAA